UUACGGAAAAAGAACUCUUUUAUAUAUAAUCGGAUAAAACUGAACCACAAUAAAAGAACUCUCCGGUCGACAACGACGAUUACGGAAUCUUUCUUUCACCGAUCUCCAAUCGAACACGGAAAUGCUGGCAAUUGAACCGGCAAUCUCCUUCCGUAUCCCCGCCGGCCGUUUUGCUCGUGAUUGCCGCCUCCUCUCUCACUCCCGCAGCUUCGUCAUUCCUUGCAACAAGAUUACGAGAAGGAACAAUUUUACGAAGAACAUAAUUAGAGCUUCGGCGGAGGAGCUUUCAGGUCCAGUGAAACAAGCGAAGCCACAACGGUAUCAUCCGUCUGAGGACAUUUCGGAUUCUGAAGAAUCGGAUGAGAAUGGAGACGCUAUACUUGGACCUGCUGAAACUAGCAGGACUGUUAUUGAGGUAAACAGCAAAGCAAUGCUUAUGUUCUCAGGUCUGAUAGGUGAUGGAGGCCAUGAGAAUAUCUUCUGGCCAGAUUUGCCUUAUGUAACUGAUGAACAUGGAAAUAUAUAUUUCCGAGUGAAAAACGAUGAAGACAUUCUUCAAACUCUUACUUCCGAGGAUACCCUUGUACAAGUCAUAAUAGGCUUAGAUACAACUGAAAUGGUGAGUGAGAUGGAGUUGAUAGGUCAAUUAGAGUCAGAUUUCGAUAUGGAGGAAAUUGAUGAUGAAGAUAGUGGAUCUGAUGAUGAUGAUGAUGAUGACAACGAUGAGGAUGAAGACGAUGACAGUGGUGGAUAUGAAAAUGAAUGGGUUUCGCUUCUAGAAGAUGAGGAAGAUGAUGAGGAUUCUGAUGGAUCCCUUGGUGACUGGGCAAAAUUGGAAACCAUGCGGUCUUCCCAUCCAAUGCAUUUUGCCAAACAGAUGGCAGAGUUUGUAUCCGAUGAUCCGGUUGAUUACAUGGACCAGCCUCCAGCUGGUCUUGCGAUUCAAGGGCUUCUAAGAUCUGCAUUUGUUGAAGAUAAUUCUGUAAUCAACAAACAGAUUUUUGAUGACCAAUCUAACAAUGAAGAAGAAAAUCAAAUCUCAGAAGAAGAAGAAGAAGAAGAUUUAGGUGUUGUGAAUGGCCAUAGGCAUUCAUCUCAAGAUGAUUUGAAUGCAGAACAGGAACUACAGAAAGAUCAAGUCUCAGGAAAUGGGACUUCAUACUAUAAGCUAGAGAUGGUCAAAAUCCAUUUGAUCUCAGCACAUGGGAAUCAGACUUUUGUUGAAGUGGAAGAUUUUAGAAGGGCACGACCCGAUGCUAUUGCGCAUUCAGCUGCAAAAAUCAUAUCUCGUCUCAAAUCUGGUGGAGAAAAGACAACAAUAGCCCUUAAAUCGUUGUGUUGGCGAUGUAAGGGUAUUCAAGUGGAGGAGGUAGCUGUUAUUGGCGUUGACAGUUUGGGAUUCGAUGUAAGAGUUUGUUCUGGAAGACAAGUUCAAACAUUGCGCUUUGCAUUUAAAAAGAAGGCCUCUUCGGAGUACAGUGCAGAGAGACAGUUGAAUAAUCUACUAUUUCCAAGAAUCCCAGGCAAGCAACAGAAGCAGAAAGAAGCACAUCAAACAGAACUCUAAUAAAAAUCGUAGGCAAACCUUUGUGCUUAUUGUGUACAUAGCAAGCCAUUUUUUGCUGCUUGUUUUCAUCAUUCUUUAUAAUCUACAAAGAUUGUAAGCCAACACUUUAACAAUCAUCUAAUUUUAUUGUAUUGUUGUUGUAUCA